AUGAUUUCCUCGCGCUCCGCCAGUUCUUCUUCUUCUCGAUUGACCUUGUCUCUCUCUUCCGUGUCCGACUUGGAGUCCGCCAAGACACAGCUCCAAGAGUUUCGAUCUACUGACAGUACUGGUGCCAGUACUAGUAGUGGUAAGACACUAGUAGUGGGUGUAUUGAUUUCGGAUCCACGGUUGAUUCGAAAUCAUGCGGCCGAACUUCAGAGCUUCUUGCGGGUUCUCAACAGCAACGACAACAACAAGAGCAAGAGUAGUGACCUGCACGAACUCCGCUUGGCCAUUCGUGGCGUGGGCAAACCAUUGGGUCGUCAACCACAAGCAGCCGAGACGGACGACUCCAAUGCUCUCUCGGCCGACGCCGUGGCCGAUCUUCUCUCGAGUCUUUCCGCGUCCACAACUACCAUCAAGAAGCUGUCGUUGGAAUUGAGUGUCUCCAAGUUGCAAGGAUCACUGCGUCGCUUGUGCCAGACUCUGCUGGACGCCAAGUCUCUCUAUCGAGUGGUCCUUCACGAAUGUCACACAGAACAAGACGAACGUCAUCAAGGCAUGCUGCCCUUGUUGGAAACCCUGGCGCAAUGCGACAGGUUGGAUACGUUGACACUCGAAGCCGUCGAUUUUCCCGUGGGCGACAUUACCGCUCGUGUCCUGGCACGGCUCGUUCAGAAUAAUACCGCAUUGACCAAGUUGGAGUUUCAAAAUUGCGUCAAUUUGGGAGACGAAGAACUCUUGCCUCUGUUGCGACAGUUGCCUGGGUCUGCGCUGCAACACUUGAAGCUCAGCACGGGCUUGUCCAUGCAACAGCCUCAUCCCGGUCUUCAAUGGGGCAAUCCAGUGGUGACAGCCGUCGCGCAAGCACUACGAGAUCCUGCCUGUGCGCUCCAAUCCUUGCACAUGACACACACCAAUUCUACUUCAGCAACAACGCAACAGCAUCAUACAGCACCCGCGCUGGUUUCGUUGCUGCCCAUUGUUCAGGCUCUGCAAGUCAAUACCAGCUUGAUCCGAUUGCAUCUCUACCAACACCACAGCAACACGUUGGCAUCGGAACUGGUCCGCAUCUUGAGCGCCAACGAAAACAUGUCCUUGCGGCAUUGCAACUCGUUGGGGGGAUCUCGUGACGAAUUUGCCGCACUGGCAUUUUACACGCGUCUCAACCAACUCCAGCGAUCGAAACUCUUGCAUGGAUUCGAAUCCAACGACAACGACAACAACGACCAACUAGUCAUGUCCACGCUCCUGGAACAAUCCAGAGAUCAUCGAAUUGUACAUUACCUACUCUCCAACGCUCCUUCUCUUAUCGUGACGCGACUUGCUGCAUGAGCGUCCGGCAUUUUACCGUAGUAGUCGACUUACAUUACAUAAAGGUUUACAUUCAUUCAUUACUAAAAGCAAGGUUACAUACAUA